AUGUAUCCAAUGUGUCGCGAAUUGUUUAUAUUAAUAUUUGUGGGUGUUUUCGCCCAGGUGCCCAGUUUCGAAGUGAACUUUCAGGAAUCCUAUCCCACACACUUUCUCAAUUCGGAACAGGAAUCGAUUUUGCAGAAACGGGCGGCGAAUGCUCCUCAGUUCUUCGACCAAGCUAGCUUUAGUUUCGAUGGCCUGACGCGAGUGGCUUCCGUGCCCGUGUCCUUUCCCCUGGACAUUUGCAUGCUCCAGCUGCCCACGGUUAAGUACGCGACGGCGCUGCACAAAGAUGCCGCGGGAGUGCGUCACUUUGCCGUGUUCACCUGGCGUCCAGCUGAGCAGGAUUACCAGCUCCUCGUGGAGCUGGCGGCUCCGAAAGCGGUGGCUCUGGAUUGCCUGGCCUUCGCUGGACGUGGCUACGUGGCUGUGAGCUACAACCUCAGCGAACCCGUGGUCCAGGCUCGUGAAGGAUCACCCAUCUAUGAGCUCUCCCCGGAAACGGGAAUACGGACAGUGCAGUACUUUUCAGGAACACAACUGAGGGGAAUGUACCUGCGGAUCAGCAGCCAGGAGCUGACUCUGCUGCAGGCCUUCGAAAAGGGAGCCCAGUGUCCCUACUUCAAGUGGAUGGGCAUGAGUUUCCAGCGGCUAGGCGCAAUCCCCUGCAGCAAUGCUCGACGACUGGAGGCCUUUGGCAUCGACUACACCGACUAUGUGGCCGUGGCCAACUAUGCAGAUGCAGAGGGACGGACGGCCACUCGCUCGGAGAUCUUUAGGUGGGAUGCCAAGUCCCAGAGAUUCCAGCUUUUCCAGCGACUCCGCAGCAAUGGCGCCGUGGACGUAAAGUACUUUAGUCUGCCAGUGAACGAGGUCAGCCGCAGGCACUUUCUCAUUCUGAGCAACACCAUUGGAGGAACCAGCUCCGCACUGGGAGAGGCAGACACUGUGAUCUAUGUCUUCGAGAAGGGCCAGUUUGUGCCCUACCAGCGGUUGAGUUUCUAUGCCGUGGAAAGGGUUCUGCCAGUUCAGCACACAGUAUCCGAGAAGUUUCUUCUCCUGGUGGCCUGUAAUAAGCAGGAUGUUAAGAUCUACAACCUCAACGACUGGAGAUUUGAGGAAUCCAAGGUGCAGUUCACGGAAGGAGCUUUGAGUCGUGGAGUGGCCAGAAUGAGAAGCUAUGAGGAGGGGGAUCACAGCUAUUUGGUGAUUGCCAAUGAGAACAUGGCUUCAAAUGAGACAAAUAUAUUCCAACCGCUCUACAAACAGGAUGAGCAUGCCAAUAUACUCCGCCAGCAAAUCAUUGACUGGGCUCGGGAGCAGAGGAAGCGCUUGGAGCAGGUGAAAGUGGAGCAGCUAUUGAAAAGACUGGAGGAAAAGCUGAAGCAACGUGAGGAGAAACUAGGAUGGUCAGCAAUUAAAGAAGUGAAAGCCAAGUCGUUCGAGGAUAAGCACAUGAAGCUAACGCCCAACUACUGGAAGGCUUUGCAGCUAACCAAGCAGGCUUUGGAUGCCAUCGAAGACAAACUAAGCCCCGCCAGCAACAGACAUCCCAAGAAAAGAUCGGUUGACAGCCUGUCUGACGAACACGAUUUCGAGGAGGUCACAGUGGACACCCUGGUGGUGCACGGCACAGUAAAAGCAGACCAUAUCAAUGGAGUUGAUACGAAGAACCCUGUUUACGAGUCCGUGACGGCCAGUAAAGUGUUUGUGAGCGAUAAGUACAGCGAACCCUCGAGGAAACAAAGGAAACCCCUGUUGGAGGAGCUGACAGUAAAGGAUCUGCAACUAGAGGGUCGGCUCAAUGGCCUCAAGUGGUCAGAGCUUCAGGAUCAGACCCUCAAACGCAGUGGGGAGGAUGUGCAGUUCAUCAAGGCAGCCGUGGAGUUGGACCACCUCCAAUCCGAUGCGAUCCAAGUCAACAGCAAUGAGGUUAACGAUCGCCCGGUGGGUCAGCUCAUCCCGGUGGAUGGUGGAAACUUUAUAGUUCAACAGGAUGUGCAGUUCGCACAGCCUGUCCAGGUGAACCGGCUGCUGAUCAACCAGCGGCUCAACCACAUUCACGUCGAUCGCCAGCGUUUCGAUGUGCUGCUCAGGCAGGCCAACCACACGCAGGUCAUCGAGGGCGCCAAGCGCUUCGAGAAUGUGCGUGUCUUGGAACCAAUUACCAUUGCGGGUCAAAUGAUGGGCGCUGAACUGAGGGCCAUGUCACCGGCAAAGGUUAACCACAAAUCGCUGCAACUCCAGGGCGAUUUUGUCAUAGAAGGCGAUGUGACCAUCGGUCGCCUGUUGCAAAUGAAGGAAUUUGUAGAUGAGCCCACGCAGCGUUCAGCAGCAGAAGCUUUGAGUCGAGGUGUGCGGUUGGAUCAGCUUGUGGACAAUGUCAAUCUGAACUUUCUGCAACCUCUCAUCGCCAACAACACGGAACUGAGCUUCCUCAACACCCAGGAUUUGCAAAAUCUGGUCCAGCUGAACGUGGAUAAAGUGCAGUUGGUGCAGGCCAGCAAAACGUUUCCGAAUAGUGUGGAGAUAAUCGAUGGCUUCGGCGAGGUCAAGUGGUUGAAUGGCAUUGAUACGGAGAAGCUUCCAAACAUGCUGCUCAGCAAGAGUGGCAACCAAACUAUUUCUACGCCUAUUCGACUGCAGGGAUUGGAAGUGGACCACUUGAAUUCAUCUCAGAUCUUAUUGAAUGGUUUGGGAUUGGAGGACUAUCUUCAGGUUAGCAAGGACCAGAAGUCGAAUGGAACUCUGUAUGCAGACAACUUAGAUGCUGAGGAGAUGAGCGUGGAAGACCUGCACCUCAAUGGCCUGCUCUUUGGCCAACCACUGUCCUCCAUCUAUGAGCACGGAAGCAAGUCCCUGGACAGCUGGCAUCUGCCACCCCACUUCAAUGGCACUCUUCAUGCUCAGAAUCUCUGGCUCAGUGGCGACAUAAACCAGGCGAACGUGGUGCACUUGGAGCAGCAAUUACAGCAACUGGCGGGCAACAUCAAAUAUGUGGGAGACAUUAGCUUCGAGCAUGAUGUUAACAUCAGCUCCCUCAGCUUUGAAAACUCCCUGAAUGGAAUCGAAGCCCACAGAUUUGGUCGUUGUUGGCUGGAGUCCGGGGGAGACCAGAAUUUCACGGCUCCCCAAGUGCUGGCCUCGCUGGACAGCAGCAAAGGCGUCUGGCUAAGUGGACAACUGAACAACCAUACUCUGGAGGAUCUGGUCAGCCGCAGCUACAGGCUCAAUGCAUCGGAGCACCUGCAAACAGUGCGAUUUGCGAAUCCCAUUGUGUUGCAAUCGGAGCUGCAGUUGGGCAAACUUAAUGGACUCCGUGUGCCGGAGGAUGUGAUCUACCAAAAUGGAGGGGGCUACCUCUCUGCUCCAGUUGGCAUAGAAGGUAACUUGGAGGCAGCAGAGGCCUCUAACAUUACCAGCCUGAAUGGUUACCCCCUCGCGGCGUUGGAGAACUACCUAAGUGGUCAAACACUGGACACUUUUCGGGCCGAGAAUGUGAAGUUUGGCGGAGAAGCACCCUCUUACCAGCUGCUGAAUGGCCAGGAACUGGGCAAGCUCCUGGAUCAGGUGUGGCUGGACAAUGAGCAGAUUGAGCUGAGGGGAUUGGCACUGGAUUCUGGCGAAUUUAAGGGCCUGCUGGAGUUCCAGGGACCCAUCAAUGGCCAGCAUGUGGACCACAUCAGGCACAGCUAUUUCAGCCGGACGCGCAGCAAUCGGAUGAAAACUCCCCUGAGCUUCCAGCAUGACGUCACGUUCGCACAGCCUCCAGUGGCCCAGUACGUGGAACUGCGACGUGGCGAUAGUGACGUUUUAAUGGAGGGCCGCGGCAGCAAUUUCUCACUGGACUUCAACGACUUUGUAGCCCACACACUAAAAACUGGCGGAAAGCAUGCCAUAAGUGGGAAAUGGGAACUGCCAGAGGCCUCGGUCUCGGGAGAUUUAAAGAAUGUUCUAAUAAACCACCUAUACCUAACUGAUGAUAUAAUAAGAAUGCCCGUAAAUAAUCAGACCAGAAUAAUCCAUCCCUUGACCAUUGAUGCGCUGAAGACCUUCGAUAGCGCCACCAUAAAUCGCCUGCACAGCACACCCGAAAGCCAGGUGGCGGAGGUUCCACUGGCCAAGUGGGUUGAUGAAGCAGUCUAUAUCUACGGAAAUCACAGCGUUCCCGGCACCACCCGCCUGGAUAAUGUGAAUCUCUACAAUGAUCUCUCCGUCAAGGGAACAGUAAAUGGCGUCCUCUGGCAGCCGGAUAAGCUCCUUUUGCGGGACAAGGAGCAGGAUGUGAGGGGAUCCCUGCUGGUGGACAACAGUCUGCCAGAGCAUCGUCGAAUUUUCAGCAACAAUGUGGAGAACCUCUGGGUGGAUUCGGUCAAUGGGCUGCCAGUAAAUGAGUUGCUGGACAACAAGGCACAGAACCGUCCGAAUCUUCACGUCGAGAGCCAACUGAUCUUUACCCAGCCUCUGACGGUGGGUCUCUACGAGGUCAGCAAUGGAAAUGGCCUGCUGGAUAAGUACUACAAAAGAAAGCGGGGCACCAGCGAGAAUGCCAUUGAAGCCUGGCAGCAGUUGCAGGAAAACGUAGCAGCUGUAAAGAACAGAUUGGAUAAGCCACCAAAAGUGCUGGAGAACUUCGCCGUGCUGCAGAAACUUUCGCAUAAGGCCUCAGUUAUGAAGAUGAUCUCCUGGGAAAACAAAGAUACGCUUGCCAUCUGGGAGGUCGAACCAAACAAACUAAUCCUUUACACCUGGCAGCCGCACGAACAGCUCUUCGCGCUCAAUUCAAGUUCGUCAGCACUAACACAGCUCAAUAAGCAGAACUGGGAUCAAUACACUAAGAAUGAAGAGACCUCAAAGAAAUUAAAGUUUGGACAACUCAGGUUUCAAUGCCGGGGACUACAGGAAGCCAAACAGAUUGUAAUCCAAUGCCUAGAUAAACAGAACAAGAGCAGGGAGGCAAUCCUGGCCAGGCGGGAUGUAAAACAGUUGUUGGCCCUCGCCGACACAGACGAUAUGCCCAUUCUACUGCGGACCUCCAGAGCUGUGGAGCUUUGGAAAUGGAGCAAAGGCAAUUACACCCUAGUAAGCAGUCUGGUAGAUGGGCAGGUGGAGCAAAUAGUGCAGAUCCAACGAGGAGCCGGCAUGGAGAGCGGUUAUGUGGCUCUCUUGGCUUCAACGCCAGCAGCAGAGAUCCGCAUUUACAGCUUUAGCAGUGAGGACGUGAGUGAUGUUCAACUGGACCAAGCCAUUGGCCUACUGGAUUCGCGUCAUCCUCGCCAAAUGCGGUUCAUGCAUCUGCCGGAGUCCGAUGAUCUGCUGCUCUGCGUAUCAAAUGUGCUGCCACAACAACCGCUCACCAUCUACCAGCAUCGCGGAGCAGCGGGCUUCCAGCAAAUCCUCGGCGACAGUGCCCUGCCGAAGGCUCGUGCCUUGGAAGUGCUCCAGCUGCCCAGCCGUCAGCUGCGCCUGCUGUCCAUGGCCACGGAGGAGGCCGUGUACUUGCUGCAGCCACAGUUUACCACACUUUAAGCCACUUUUGUUUUGUUUUUUCUAAAUAAAAAUUACUUUUUAUUAACCGUA